GGGCGUUCCUACCAACAACCACCAACCACGAACUUUUGCCAUUUUCUUUGCAAAUUUAUCUUUUUCGUGCAGAGAUGGAAGCCUCUGAUUUUGUUUUGGUUGUAGAUUCCUCCGUAGAAGAACAGGUGGAAGAAUUGGCUGUUUUCCUGGAUCAAGUAGAAGCCAAUCAAGAAAAAAAUGUUCUUGCUAGCUGCAAACAAUUUUUAGCUUCUGAAAAUAUUAAUGAAGCUUUGUCCUUCCUUUUAAACCGGUUAUCUUUGCUUUCUCAAAUUUCUGAGAAGGAAUUUGAACCUAUGAUGAAUGUCUUCGUUAGUCUUUUACAAGAGUCUACUACAUAUGAAGAACACGUCGUCAAGUUUUGCCAAGCUUUGGAGUCUAUCGUUGAACAAAAUACCUCCUUUGUUCCUUUUGCCCUUAGUGUUCUUAGCACCUUGUUUAAUGCCUCCAUCAAAGAUCACCAACAUGCCCGCUUACACAUCUUAAAUAGUGUUGUAACUAUCACUACAAGAUUCAACUAUUAUCAAUUGCUUUCUCCCUACUUUGUUUAUUUCCCUGAAUGGCUCCAUGAGGCCGGCGUGUCUGUUUCCGAUCAACGGGCUUUUUACGUUUUUGUAUCAAAAGUCAUCCAAUCUUACGAUGAAGAGCAAUCCUUUGCUUUCCUCUUAGAGGCUGUCAAGAUGGCUCCUUCUAGCACUGAUGAAGCAGUUCGUGAAUUGGUACAGCAUGCAGUGAACAGUCCCAAAUACUUCUUUUACGACGACAUUGUCACCCUUCCUGCUAUCCAACAACUUGAACAAGCCACUUUGCAAUUACUUGGCAUUUUGUCUGGUGGUAUGAUUGAAGACUUCUUUUCUUGGAUGGAUGCCAACCGUUCUUUCUGCCAACAAGAAAAGUUUGACCAAGAGGCUAUUACUCGUAAAAUGAAGCUUUUGACCAUUGCUUCCCUUGCUACCCAAGCUCCUAACAAUGUUCUAUCUUACAAAGACAUUGCCAAGGUUCUUCAAACUGAUGAAAGUGAAGUUGAACUCUGGAUUAUCGAUGUCAUUCGCGCUGGUCUCGUUGAAGGUCGCAUGUCACAACUUAAUCAGACCUUCUUAAUACACAGAAGCUCUUAUCGUGUUUUCGGAAAGCAUGAGUGGAUUUCUUUGCAUGAAAAGCUUGCUAAAUGGAGUUCUAGCUUGCAAUACAUGUUGCAGGUUAUGGACCAACCUCUUUCAAACUUUACCUUGGCCACUAGCAGAAAGGGUGGUAGAGAACAUGCUGGUAUAUCUGCAUCUGAGUAGAUUAUCUUUUUUAUUUAGUAUUUUGUAUUUUGAAAAUAUAUGAGGAUGGGCAUCUUGAUUCAUUAUUGUAACUUUUUCAACUGCAUUCAUUUGUUAGCCG